AUGAUCAAUAUUUAUUCAUGUUUACAUGAUAAUGAUUUACAACGUUCUGGUUGUUAUUGUAAUAUGAAGGAACAACAUAUUCAAUGUUCAUCAUUACCAUCAAAAUGUUUAACAUGUUAUAAAUAUAAUAUUAUCUAUUUUGAUGAACAUGUUACACAUAUACCGGCUGAAGCAUUUCGAUACUAUGAUAUAUUUUCAAACGAUGGUGUUAAUACCAAUGAAUUUACUAUUCAAUUUUCAUCAUUAAAUUAUUUAUCAUCAAAUAGUUUUAGUAGAUUAGAAAUUCCAUCCUAUUCAAAAUUGUAUGUAAAAAUAGUUCAAUUUAAUGUUAAUACAAUACUUUCACAUACAUUUGAUGAUCUUGUACUAAAAUCGUUUGGAAUAUUGGAUAUAGAAAUAUUUAAUACAAAUAAUAAACAAAAACAACUGACAUUUGAUGGUUACUCUCUAGACGGUAUCAAAUAUUCGAAUAAUAGUCAGUUUUAUCUAACAUUUUUGAAUAUCUACAAUGAUAUCAGAUUUCAAUCAAAUACAGGUUCCAUUAUUUUACCCAGUAAUUCUCAUAUGAAGGUUGAAUUUGUUAAUUUCCAAAACGUUUAUUUUUCCGAUAAAAGUUUUGAUCAUAUUAUUCAAGAACGCUAUAGUAAAUUUAGUUUAAUAUUUAAUAAAUUUCAACAUGCUCAUAUAGGUUCAAAUACAUUUUAUGAUAUGAAACAAUUAGAAUAUGCAAAUUUUUAUUUAAAUUUUGCUAAUUAUUUAACAAUGUCCAUCGAUGAAUCAAUAUUUGGAACUCUUACACAAUUGCAAUCGACAGUUAUAAUAAGUAUUUUUAAUAUUUCAAAUGAUAUAUGUUUUCCAUCAUUAACAUUUAGUUGUCUAUCACAAGAUAUCAAUUCAACAUUUCAACUUCAAGUAACGUAUGGAAAAAAUAUUUUAUUUUCAAAAGAAUCUUUUGUCAAUAUAACUCAACGUUAUAAAUCAACAUUAUCUCUACUAAUAUCAAAUUGUACAGAUAUUUAUUUGUCAAAAUAUUCAAUUGUUAAUUUUCAUCAACAAGAUCAAUGUCUAAUUGAUAUCUGGAUAAAAUAUUCAAAAAAUUUAAUAUUUGAUGAUUAUUCAAUAAAAAAUAUUGACAUAUUUAAAUCAAGUAUAUUGAGAAUUGGUUUUCAAUAUUCAACAGGAACGUUACAAAUAGCAUCAAAUGCAUUUACAAACAUUAACGAAGGUUAUGGUGGUGAAUUAUUAUUUCAAAUAAUGGAAUCAAAUGAUUUUUAUAUUCGUUUUAAUAGAUCUGCUUUAUCCUCGUUAGAACGUUUAGAAAUUAUUGAUCGUGAAUUGUCUGUAAAUGAUUUUUGUCGUAUUAUUGAUAUUCCAGAACAUUUUCCAGUAAAAUUAUUAGAACAAAAUCAAUGUUCAUGUACCGUAUAUUAUUUGUAUCGUCGACAACGAAAAAUAUUGAAUACGUCAAAAUUAAAAAGAUUAGUUCCUCUCUGUUAUUUUGAAUAUAGUCAAGAACAACUAGAAAAAUUUGAGAUAGAAUGUAAUUUUAUAAAACAUGUAUUACAAUGUCGAGAAAUGCUAGAUAGAUUACAAAUACAUAUACCAGAAGAGAAAACAUGUUCGGUUAAAGAACAACAACAAAAAUUAUCAAAAACUAUCUCAUUGAUAUCAUCGACAAAAGUAAAAAAUUCUUCAUAUAUUAUUGUAGCAAUUGUGAUUGGAUGUUUUAGUUUUGGAUUACUAUUUUUAUAUGUUAUUUUGAAUAGUUUAUACUUCGAACGAAUUAAACUACAUUUUUACCAUUUUGUUCGUUAUCGUUCAUUUAAAUCAGAAUAUUGUUCUACUCAAACUCGCUAUUGUUCUAAUUCAUAUGUGAAACUGACUGAUGAUAUGAAGAUGUCGGAUGCUACGGAAAAUGAUUUAGUUUAUCGGCUCGAAUCAUCGCCAUCAUCAUCCCAACAACAAAGACCGAUGAAAGUUGUUGUCAAAUACAAUUCGAAAACAGAAAUAACGUUACCACACAUUAAAAAGUCUGAUUUUUUGUGCAAAAAAACGAAUGUUGCAAGUGAGGAGGAAGAAGAAGAAAACAUUGUCAAAUUAAAUUCAAAUCCCUUGGAUGAACUAGAAGAUAAUUAG